AAGAGAGUUAGAUAUUGCCGCGUGUCGCGUGCAUAAUUAUUCUUACACCAGUACCUAUUAGGUAUGUAAGAGUAGUAAUGUUCACAGUUGCUUGCGUAGACACUAUGCGUAUACUUCGUACAUUUAUCAAGCUGUUAAACAACAUAUUGGGCGCAAAAACCAUUCAUUCAAUUAUGAAGCACAACAGCUAAUAAACGAUGCCGUCCACUUGGUGUAAAUAAUCAGUAAGACGCUGCCCGCCGUCAAAGUUAAACGCGUCUCGCACAUCUCACAUAAAAACACGCACACCCAUGGAUAAAUUCAAAAUAGUUGACUUCAACACCCUGAGUGAUCGUCUACAGGAUAUGCUGAAACAAGCUGUCGAAGUACGUAAAAGGGCUUACAUACCAUAUUCUCACUUCGCAGUGGGAUCAGCGCUGCUUACUGAGCAAGACGAGAAGGUGUACACGGGAUGCAACAUCGAGAUUGCGGCUCUCGGGCCUACAAUAUGCGCAGAACGUACCGCUAUAGCUAAAGCUGUGAGUGACGGCUAUUUGAAAAUUAAAACAGUAGUGGUUGUAGCACACCAAAAGUUCUUCACAGCUCCUUGUGGAGUUUGCCGCGAAACCCUGAAAGAAUUUCGAGAUUCCAACGGUGAUAUAGAAAUUUAUCUCGCAAAACCGACCAUGGAUAAGGUGUUAUGCACAAAACUAACAGAACUAUUGCCUCUUUUUUUCGUUAGUCAUAUCAGUGAUAGUAUAGAAGACUAAAAAAUUACGUUUGUAACCAUUUUGCUUGGAAAUACUAUAAAAGACUCGAAGUGUUAUGUAGGAAAAAUUGAAUAUAAAGAAUAACA